AUGCAGUUCUGUAUUGACCCGGCUUCAUGUCCACUCAUUGAAGACGUUGAAGACCUCGACAGGUACAGGCCUGGCGGAUAUCAUCCGUUGAAGAUCGGGGACGACCUCAAUGACGGCCGAUAUCGACUAGUUGACAAACUUGGGUACGGAGGGUCCUCGACUAUAUGGCUAGCCCGUGACCUACAGAUGGCCAGAUAUGUGGCGGUGAAAGUCAUUAUAGCUGAUGCCAGUGUUGAUGCACCUGAGGCUAUUCUUCUAAGUUCUCUUGCAAGAUCGCCAUCUAGACCAGGGAGCGAAACUAUUCCAUCCAUCAUCGAACAAUUCUGGGCUGUCGGUCCUAAUGGGAAGCACAAGUGUAUUGUCACCCCGUCUGCACGAAUGAGCCUCUUUGAUGCAAAAGAGGCUUCGAAAUUCGGUCUUUUUCGGCCUAAGGUCGCGCAAUCUAUCAUUGCCCAACUCAUCCGUGAAGUCGACUUUCUCCACAGUGAACAUAUUGUACACGGCGAUCUUCAUCUGGGUAAUAUCCUGGUCCAUUUUCCAAAAGUGAUCGAUCAUUUUCCUACGUCAGAAUUAUACAAGGAAUUCGGAGAACCUAAGUCAGAGGCUGUUAUCUGCGUUGAUGGCAAACCAUUGUCAACUGGCGUACCCACGAAUGUAUACGUUCCCGGUUGGUUUGGUGCUCGCAGCGAUGAACUUGCUUUAGGAGAGGAGAAAAUCAUCCUCAGCGACUUUGGAGAAUCUUUCAACCCUCACAAGACCCGCCGGUUCUCCUCAAAUACCCUUCCUCUCCUCCAACCACCCGAGGCCAGGUUCUCUGAUAAGCCUCUCUCAUUUGCCUCCGACAUUUGGACACUCGCCUGUACUAUCUGGGAGAUUUUUGGCCAGCGACCUUUGUUUGAGGCUUUUUACCCUACUGCAGAUCGCGUCACCGCGGAGCAAGUCGAGGUCCUUGGUAUUUUACCUCCUGAGUGGUGGCAAAAGUGGAACGGAAGGCUGGAAUGGUUCGACGAACAAGGCGAAUUGGAUCCGAAAUCAGAGGCGUCUAGGGGUCACGACAGGAUACGUAUGACCUGGGACAAGAGGUUUGGCUACUGCAUACAGGAGCCUCGGGCUGAGGCGGGCCUGAGAGACCGCCUCAGAGGAAGAGAAAAGAGCUUUCGAGACGAUGCUUCGAUCGAUGCUAAUGUUCCGGCCGAACGAAAGAGCGACAGCACAGCAGGUAUUGAACUCCGAAUGGAUGAAAGGAUGGGGAGAACCGGCUCUUGA